AUGAUGGAUAAUACUCGUUUCCUAAUCAGGCUGGGAAAUAGAAGUGAAAUGCGAAAGUCUUCCAUGUAAAGUCUUGGUACAGUUUGGCAUGUGGUGAGCGCUCCAUGGAUUUAGGAAUCAGUAUGGAUGCAGGUCCUCCCUGACUUGUCAAUGUGCUAAGGUUGGCCUCUGUGUGGCCACACUGGGACCUCCCCCAAAGACCUACUCUCCUCCUUCCUCUGUCUCUCCCCAGGGUUCAUAAAGAGCAGUGAGGAUGGAGUUGGGGCCUGCUCUGCACACGGUCUCCUUUCCUCUUAAGAGGUAACGUCACCCCUUCUUGGCUGGUGUGAGCUGCUUUCACCAUGAAUGUCGCUCCCGAGACCAAGAGUCGGGGGAUGAAGUUUGCUGAAGAACAGCUGCUAAAGCAUGGAUGGACUCAAGGCAAAGGCCUGGGCCGGAAAGAGAAUGGUAUCACCCAGGCCCUGAGAGUGACGCUGAAGCAGGACACUCAUGGGGUGGGCCAUGACCCUGCCAAGGAGUUCACAAACCACUGGUGGAAUGAACUCUUCAACAAGACUGCAGCCAACUUGGUGGUGGAGACUGGGCAGGAUGGAGUGCAGAUAAGGCGCCUUUCUGAGACCACUCGUCCUAAUCAUCAGAAGCCCAAUCUGCUAUAUCAGAAAUUUGUGAAGGUGGCCACGCUGACUUCAGGUGGAGAGAAGCCAGACAAGGAUAUGGAGAGCUGCAGCGAUGAGGAUGAGCAGAGGCCUAACCCACCAAAGAUAAUGACCGAUGAGAUGUUGCUGCAAGCUUGCGAAGGGCGGACAGCACACAAGGCUGCCCGCCUAGGGAUCACAAUGAAGGCCAAACUUGCUCGGCUAGAGGCCCAGGAACAGGCCUUCCUGGCUCAUCUCAAAGGCCAGACCCCUGGGGUCCCUCAACCACAGUCUGAGAGUAAGCUCCCCAAGAAAAAGAAAAAGCACAAAGAGGAGGAGGCUGCAGUGAGCAGUUACACAGAUGAGCAGCCCCCAGAGCACACGGACCAGAGUGUCCGGAAGAGCAAAAAGAAGAAAAGACGCCAUCAAGAAGAAAAGCUCUCAGAUGGGAGUGAAGGAACAGCUGGUGGGGAAGAGGAGGAGGAGGCUGCAGGCACAGGUGGGUUCGGGGCAGUGCACAGCAGAGAGAAAACUGACCAGUCCCGUGGGAGGAAGAAGAAGAAGCAGAAGCACCCUCAACAGAAGGAGACGGGGGUCUUGGAUAAAGCAGGGAGGGGUAAAGAGACCGAGGCAAGCAGCCAUGCCAGGAGGCGGCGGUGGGAGGAGGACUUGAAGUCAGAAGAGGAAGAUGUAGAUAAGACUGAUCUAGGUAAUGAGACAAGGGAAGCAGAAAGUACUGUGUACAGUGACCGAAAAAGCAAGAAGAAUAAGAAGAAAAGAAAGCAGUGGCAAGAGGAAGAGGAGGAGGCCUUGGAGAGAAGGGAUGAUGAUGAAGAUGGCAGGACUAGGGAAGACAAUAGGGCCUACAAGGGCUCAAGCAGCAGAACCAAGAAGAGGCGGCAGUACCAAGAGGAGAAACCUGCUGGAAUCCACACUGACCAGAGAGCCAAGAAAAAGAAGAAACGGAAAGAGAGAGACUGAGAGGCCUGGCCCCAAGUGGGGUUCACGAGGUCCUUUUCAGUGGCUGACACCUCAGACGGCUAGGUUGCUGGCAGUGCUUCUGCACCUAGCUGAGAAGCCCCUGCCAAGGAGUGUAGUCCCCUGCACAGCUGCUAAUGCGGAGACCGUGAACUCUCAAGGCCUGCAGAAGCCAGACCGCCAAGGGACGAGGCAUGCCACCAGAUGGGACAGAAUGCAGCUAGACCCCUCAGGGACUUCUCUUGCCAAAACAAGUUGUAAACACAGUUAACAUGAAAUGUA